AUUUAUUUUUGGCAGAGCACACAAUAUGAUGCACGUGAUAGGCAAAUGUGUAAUGUUCAGUCUGUCUUAAUGUUGCGUUUGCUGACGUGGCACGGGAGACAGUCUGCUUCUGCCAUCUGGCUGUCUUAGGCUGGAUGCAGUCUCCAUAGCAACAACCAGCACCUUCAUAAUGAAAGCCCAAGAACACGGUCUUACCACCCCCACCCCACUGUAAACAAAGCCCAACCCUUGCACUGUGUGUAGCCUCGUAUCCCCACCCUACUGCCGUACUUUCACUCGUAUCACCUAAGGUCAUGGAUUAACUGAAUUAUUGCACCUUUUAAUAAAGCACUCUUCUGCAGAACUGGACAGAAGGAAAAAUGAGCACCAGAUGUUUUCCCUUUUAAAGAUGUCUUCUAUGACGGUCUGAGAAGCCUCUGUCUCUUCAUUUGAAUGCCUCUCACGAUGGCUAAGCGGGAAAGCGGCAGCACCAGCCCGGUGGUGCGUCAAAUAGACAAGCAGUUCCUGGUGUGCAGCAUCUGUCUGGAGCACUACCACAACCCCAAAGUCCUGCCCUGCCUGCACACCUUCUGCGAGAGAUGCCUCCAGAACUACAUCCCCCCUCAGUCCUUGACCCUGUCCUGCCCAGUGUGCAGACAGACCUCCAUCCUGCCAGAAAAGGGUGUUGCAGCACUGCAGAACAAUUUCUUCAUAACUAAUCUGAUGGAGGUGUUGCAGAGGGAGCAGGACUGCACCCGUCCCGAGGCCUCCAGUGGGCUGGACUCAGCCGGUGCUGCUACAUAUGCCCCACCCCUGUCCUGCCCCAACCACGAGGGCAAGGUCAUGGAGUUUUACUGCGAGUCUUGUGAAACGGCCAUGUGUUUGGAGUGCACAGAGGGAGAGCACAGAGAACAUGUGACCGUUCCACUGCGGGAUGUUCUGGAGCAGCACAAAGGCGCGCUGAAGAACCAGCUGGAUGCAAUUCGCAACAGGCUUCCUCAGCUGACUGUAGCUAUAGAGCUGGUAAAUGAGAUCUCCAGGCAGCUCACAGACAGGAAGAAUGAGGCAGUGAGCGAGAUCAGCAAUACAUUCGAGGAACUAGAGAAAGCACUGACCCAGCGCAAGACUUCCCUCAUCACUGAUCUGGAGAACAUCUGCAGCACCAAGCAGAAGGUGCUGCAGACCCAACUCACUGCAUUACUGCAAGGGAAGGAGAACAUCCAGAGCAGUUGUAGCUUCACAGAGCAGGCACUGAACCACGGCAGCCCCACCGAGGUGCUCCUGGUGCAGAAGCAGAUGGGAGAGCGGAUGGGCGUUCUCGCUCGCCACGCUUUCCCUGAGCAGCCCCAUGAGAACGGACACCUGGACUGUCAGGUGGAGACAGAGGGGCUGCGUCGCUCCAUACAGAACCUGGGAGUGCUGCUCACCACCAGCGCUGUGGGCCACACCAGCGUGGCUACUGGAGAGGGUCUCAGGCAUGCUGUUGUCGGGCAAAACACCACUGUUACAGUGACCACUAAGGACAAAGACGGUGAGCUAGUAAAGACUGGAAAUGCUGCACUGAGGGCUCAGAUCUGCGGCCCAGAUGCAACCAUCACCCAAACAGACAUAACAGACAACAAGAAUGGCACCUACGAGAUCGGCUACACGCUCCGCUCAGAGGGCGAGUUCUCCUUCUCCGUCCUGCUCUACGGGCAACCUGUGAGGGGCAGCCCCUUUCGCCUUCGAGCCAUUAAACCCUGCGACGCCCCGCAGUCGCCCGACGACGUGAAGAGGCGCGUCAAGUCUCCCGGAGCAGGUGGAGGGGCUGGAGGACAUGUGCGCCAGAAGGCGGUGCGCAGACCUUCAAGUAUGUACAGCACAACGAAGAAGAAGGAGAAUCCCAUAGAGGAUGAACUCAUCUUUAGAGUGGGGACGCGGGGGCGAGAGCGGGGGGAGUUCUCCAACCUGCAGGGCAUCUCUACCACCAGCAACGGACGAAUCGUAGUGGCCGACAGCAACAACCAGUGCAUACAGGUGUUCUCCAAUGAGGGUCAGUUCAAAUUGAAGUUCGGGGUCAGAGGUCGCUCACCUGGCCAGCUCCAGCGCCCCACUGGUGUUGCAGUUGACAUGAAUGGCGACAUUAUUGUGGCCGACUAUGACAACAGAUGGCUCAACAUCUUCUCCCCAGAUGGCAAGUUUAAAAAUAAAAUCGGGGCAGGUCGGCUGAUGGGUCCUAAAGGAGUGGCUGUGGAUAAGAAUGGUCAUAUUAUCACAGCAGACAACAAGGCCUGCUGUGUCUUCAUUUUCCAAUCCAAUGGCAAACUGGUGACAAAAUUUGGUGCCAAAGGAACAUCAGAGAGGCAGUUUGCAGAUAAAAGUACUCCAAAUACACCAACUGAGCCAAAGCAGAGUAAAUCUGGCCCUGCCUUCAGUCCCCAUUUUGUGGCUAUAAACAACAAGAAUGAAAUUGUUGUGACAGACUUUCACAAUCAUUCUGUUAAGGUUUACAAUGCUGAUGGAGAGUUCCUGUUUAAAUUUGGAUCGCAUGGAGAAGGGAACGGCCAGUUCAACGCACCCACCGGUGUGGCUGUUGAUGGCAAUGGGAAUAUUAUUGUGGCAGACUGGGGUAACAGUAGGAUACAGGUGUUUGACAGUUCUGGCUCUUUCCUGUCGUACAUCAACACGACGGCGGAUCCUUUGUACGGUCCGCAGGGUCUGGCUCUCACGUCAGAUGGUCACGUGGCCGUGGCAGACUCUGGGAACCACUGCUUCAAAGUAUACCGAUACCUGCAGUAACGACUCGCCGUGAUGGAAGAGUUCUACUGUAAGCUCUUUGGCAUUUCACGUUUUCCUUUGCACAAGUCUCUGCACAUACAUUUCCAGCCAUUUGACUGAUGUUGAUGUGAACAAACCCAGGGCUUCAUGAAUGUUGCAUCCCUAUUUGAUCAAUUUGUGUUAAUAGUCAUUUCCUAAAUGAAUGUACUGCAUAUCGAACCCUAGCAAGUAAUAACAGGCGCUGUGUAUGUAACAGUGACUGAGAGGGCAGCUAUAUUUGUGCUUUUUACAAAAUCUUUCAUGCAAAACUUAAAGCUGCUCAACAAACCCUUAACAUGAAUUGCAGGGAAUAAAUAUUUUCUAGGCCAAUCAUUAAUGCAACAGCUUAAGAAUGACCUGCGGAUGGAGCUCAAAAUCUCACAUCAAACUGGCCUUUUGUGCAUUGGCUAAAUGUACAUGUGUACGUAUUUGUAUCAUAUGGUGUAAAUUUGAUCGCCAUUGAUUUGCUGUAAUAUCUUAUUUUGAGAUCCGCUCUCUCUUAGUGCGCUAAAGCUCAAUAUUAAAAUUACCCAGCUGUCAAUGUGCUUUACUGGCUUUACUAGAACUGCUUGUAGGUUCAUCGUGCCUCUGAUUUUAAAAGCGACUUGGGCUUGCUACAUAUCACUGACCACAACAGCACAAUUGACAUAUUGCAUGCUUUGUAUUCACGUAAAAAGGUUAUGAAGCAAGGUUAUUUAUUUUGUACACAAUGGUAUAAUGUACAAGUUAUUUUUCUAAGUUGAAGUGUUUUGUUUAUCUGCAGUUAUCUGCUGCCUUCAGUGGUUUUCACAAGUUGUACAGUACAAAGCUAAUGUCUAGUGAAGUACAACAGUUUUUUUCUCAUGCACCACAUUAAAGGGAAUCUGUCAUAUCAAGACAAUGGAAAUAUGAACAUAAAACAAUAAGAGAAAAAUGAAAUCACACAGACACUGCUGCAUUUUAAGUUGCCAAAUUCAUGGAAGAACAAUUUGCAGGGUACUUGCCAUAGUUUACUGUAUUACUGAAGCAUUUACUACUGUUUUUUUAUUUUGUUUUAUUGCUUGUUUUCUAUGAAUGUAGGAAAAUUAAUGAAAAAUGUAAAAGAAAAAAAAAAACAUUUAAUGCAUUGACAGUUUGAUCAUUUUGGCCCAGAUGUUACACCACGACGUUCACAAAAGCAAUGCAUUCACAAUCAGGACAUCAUCUGUACUUUAUAGGGUCUUGAACGAGUGCAAGCGAUAAAAAGACAGCGUUGUUUAGGCCACUAAAUACAGUAUUCCAUAAUAAAACUGUACAGUGUAUAACCACAAUAGGACACAUGAAGGAUUUUAAACAUAGUAUUUAUUUAAACUGCAAUAAUGCACUCAUUGGUGCUCAGAAAUGUAGCAUCUCUAAAAAUACCCCUAAAAAGAGGACCCUUGUUUUAUGGUGUUGUAAUACUGAAAAGCUAAAGGUCAAGUCGUGUCAAAGAGAUAAUAUCUGGAAUUAUCGUAAAUUUCUUCCAUUUUGACUUCCCUCUAUG